CAUCUCUGCUGCUCAAUAUGCGUUGCACCCAAUUCAUGGAGAGCACCGACUCGUCCACCGGAGGCUCUCAACAGCCGAACCUCCCACCGGGGUUCCGGUUCCACCCCACCGAUGAAGAGCUAGUUGUUCACUAUCUCAAAAGAAAAGCAGCCUCUGCUCCUCUCCCCGUCGCUAUCAUCGCUGACGUUGAUCUUUAUAAAUUCGAUCCUUGGGAGCUUCCAGCUAAGGCGACGUUUGGGGAGCAAGAAUGGUACUUCUUUAGUCCAAGGGACAGAAAGUAUCCGAACGGGACGAGGCCAAACAGGGCAGCCACUUCUGGGUAUUGGAAGGCAACUGGUACUGAUAAGCCAAUAUUAACAUCUGGAGGUACACAAAAAGUUGGCGUAAAAAAAGCACUUGUUUUCUAUGGAGGUAAGCCUCCUAAAGGACUCAAGACCAAUUGGAUUAUGCAUGAAUACAGGCUUGCAGACAACAAACCCAAGAACAAACCACCAGGAUGUGACUUGGGGAGCAAGAAAUCAUUAAGGCUUGAUGAUUGGGUUUUGUGUAGAAUCUACAAGAAGAACAACACUAACAGACCAAUGGAUCAUGAGAAAGAAGAGUUCAUGGAGGAUUUGAUUGGAUCGAUACCGCCUUCGAUAACGAUCGGGAACUGUAGUCAAAAUGCACAACUGAUGCUGUCAAGUCAGGAUCACAACCUGUUCGAUGGAAUAACUAGCAGUGAUAAUAACUCUAUGUCAAAACCAGAUCAGUUUCCUUUGCUUCCUCUUAAAAGGACAUUCCCUUAUGAUUCGGCUGCCGAACCUUCUUCCUCGAGCAAGAAAUUUCAAGGUCAUGAUCAUCACAACAACAACAAUGAAGAAGGAGGAGGAAGUAGUUCAAUUGCUAGUCUGCUUAGCCAACUACCACAGACUCCUCCAUUGCACCAACAGAGAAUGUUGGGGUCUCUUGGAGAUGCCAUUUUUAGGCCUCCAUAUCAAAUUCAAGGCAUGAAUUGGUAUUCAUAGUCCUAAUUAACUCCUAUGGUGCAUGGCAUUAUAACAUUUUAAUUAGUACUGGUGCUAUUUUGACAAUACAAUAGUAGUGUAUUUGCUGUCAAACUUGGGAUAUCUGGGGAUUGAGAUUUUGGUUGCUAGAUAGCGAAGAGAAUAGAGAGACACAUAAACUAUAUAUAUACAGUUAUACACUAUACAUACAUACAUACUUUCUUUGUUUUAAUUUCUAGGUAUAGAUGCAUAGGAAAAUCAAGGAAAUGCCCCUAAUGUGUAGAAAAGUAAAACCCCAUUGAAUAUGUUGUGAUGUAUUUUUUUUUCUUGAGGACCUUUAUGAAGUAUAUGUCUUUCUAUUAUCAUAUAUUUUUUAGUGUAUAGAAGAAUUCAAUAACCACUUGGGUGACAGCUUAGUUGGUGUCUCUUUUUGAGACUAAAUUGUAUGGACUCGAGAAGUCAUGAAUAAUUCGAUUCACACUACACUGUGACCAAUACCCUUGUGUCAUGUGAGAAAUUUCUAUGUGCACUAG